CUCUCUGGACUCCAUUAACGGCGGGGUUUAGUUAGUUUGUGUUGUUAUAUAAUAUUAAAACCCCCUGAUUCAUACUUGUUAUACGUACAUAUUUUUAUAUUUAUAUACACACAGAGAGAUACACUUCUUUCUGGGUGUAAGAAUUUGGAGGAGGAGGAGGGAAAAUGGAGAUGAGCAGAGGACAGAUAUGUAAUUUCAUACAUGGGUUGAAGCCGACGUUGUUAAUGGUGGUGGUUCAGGUGGCAUUUGCAGGGGUUAAUAUAUUAUAUAAACUGGCGUUAAAUGAUGGAAUGAAGUUGAAGAUUAUUGUCGCUUAUCGUUUUCUCUUUGCUUCUGCUAUUAUGGUCCCCAUGGCUUUGAUCUUCGAAUGGAAGAAGCAGAGACCUCAGCUUACAUGGACAGUGCUGUAUCAAUCUUUUUUUUGUGGGUUAUUGGGAGGAUCUCUGGCACAAAACUUAUACGUGGAAAGUUUGAAUUUAACGUCUGCAACGUUCGCCUCUGCGACCACCAAUCUCCUCCCAGCCAUUACCUUCAUUAUUGCUGUCUGUUUAAGGAUGGAAAAGUUAGGACUGGGCACGUUGCCUGGGAAAGCAAAAGUUACAGGGACAUUAAUGGGGCUUGGUGGAGCAAUGCUACUCACGUUCUACAAGGGUUUUGAAAUCAACAUCUGGUCAACUAAGGUUGACCUUCUUUCCCAUAAACGUCACGUAGCAUCUUCUCCUAUCCACCAUACAAAUUUUGCAUUGGGUGGUUUAUUAGCCCUAGCCAGCAAUUUCUCUUAUGCAUCCUGGCUCAUUAUUCAGACUAAGAUGAGUAAGACAUAUCCAUUUCAUUAUUCAAGCACCGCCUUGAUGUCAUUAAUGGGAGCCAUGCAGUCAGUGGUGUUUGCUCUUUGCUCAGAAAGAGAUUGGCAACAAUGGAAGAUGGGUUUCAACAUUAGGCUACUUACUGUAGCUUAUGCUGGUAUGGUGGGUUCUGGUCUGAUGGUGACUUUAAUAGCAUGGUGCGUGCGCAUGAGGGGUCCUCUCUUUGCAUCUGUCUUUAACCCUCUAAUGCUCAUAUUAGUUGCUUUGGCUGGUUCUUUACUACUUGACGAAAAGCUCCAUUUGGGCAGUGUAUUAGGAGCAGCGUUGAUUAUAUGCGGGUUGUACUCAGUGUUGUGGGGUAAAAGCAAAGAGAUAAAGAAAGCGAAUCAAUUAGUCCCAGCAACGAGUCUUCGUCACCAGCAUCAUGAUCUUGAAUCUAUCGAGAUUGUUAAUGUUGCAUCCCACAACAACAACAAGACUACUGAAGAAAAAGAAGAUUCAAAGGAGCAUCAAAAACUGGAAGAGAGUAAUUUUAAUCAGAGAGAAAAUUCACGAAAUAACUAGUAGUAACUUGGAGGCGUUUCAGUAGAUUAGACUCGAACAAAAUCAAUCAUGUAAUUAG